AAGAAAAAUAAACUGAUUAAACACCUCCCUCCUCCCUCACAACAAUUGCAGACCACACUAGCACCAAAAACAGACAGAACUAGAAAGAUGUAUGUGACAAAACCUCUUUCCAUGUACCGGAAAUCUCCAAACACUCUUUCCAUACAGCCACCAGAUGCUCCUUAUUCCGGUCAUUUAGUAGUUACAGAUGAAGAAGCAGAAGCCCAAGACUCAUGUUGUUGGGGUAUCUGCAAGCGUGACCAGAUUAAGCAACUACCAUUUCCACAGGACAAGCUACUCACCGUUGUUUAUACAUCGGAUUACCAAGAAGCAUAUACCACCAAAGUUUGGUUCAUCCCGGUUCUUGAUCAGCCUCUAUCUUCUAAUUGCUACUAUGUUAUCAAAGCAAAUGGAAGACACAAAGGGAAAGCAUGCAGAUGUUCUAAAGAGAGGGACAUAAUGAAUUGUUGCUUCAGAGACUUCGUGAGGGACAAGAAACCAACACUUUUGAAUCUCAGAAACAUAUACCAACAGGUUAAGAUUCAUCGGCACCAAGGAGGUGGUUUUUUUGCGGAGUCUGUAGCUCCUGAUGGUGUUCCUCCUAAAUUUCUAAGAAGGAAAGGAUGGGAAAUCCGCAGCUCAAGUUUGUACCGAUGGCAAUUAAGUGAUGCCUUGGGCCUCGAUGCUUCCCUCCGAUCACGUUUCCCUGACUUCAACUUUCCCAUCUUUAAGAAACGUUCAGCUUCUAAUGUUGUGGGCAAAUGGUACAGUCCGUUUAUGUUUGUGAGAGAGAAAGCAACCAUGAGACGCCAGAUGAAGAAGACAAAAUUUUACAGAAUAACUCUCCAGCAGUGGUGGGAAGAGAUUUACGCCUGUGGGAAUACUAGCAACGAAGGCAAUGUUGUGAAUGUGGAUGUAAGCGUGCAAAGGGAAGUGGCUUUCGUAUCUGCCGUGGAAGCUGUCAUGGACGAUAGAAAUGGUCGUACUGGGUUCUCUUGGUUCAAGGCUUAUAAUCCAGAUAGCCAAAAACUGGUCACCGUAGGUCUGAGUUCAGCAAUUGUCCAGAAUAUGAAAUGGGUCUUAGAGGCAGGAGGGUGGGUUACUGGGGACGAAAGAGACGCAAGGGUGCAGAAAGUAGAAGAGACUACAAGCAGGUGGAGGAAGUUUGGCUGUUAUGUUCUGGUGGAGAGUUUCUACUUGAGAAGAAUGGAUGGAAGCUUGGUAUUGAGACGUGAUUUUAGGCACACAAAUAACAUUCGAUGUAAGUGGGAAUAACCUAUUGAAAUUAAAUUGUCGUUCUGGGCUCAGUUUAUUGUUUAUACAUGCAUCCUCCUUACAGA